AUGAAACUUUUGGAAUUAUUUGGAUGUACAAAUUUAAAUGAUAUAGACAUUGAAACGUCAACUACUACUGAUAUUUCAUUGGUUAAUAUAACAGAUUCGGAUAGUGCAAGUGAGGAGGAACUUGACGAAAAUGAUCAAAUGAGACAUCUCGUGAAAUAUUCUAAAAGAGAUCAAAUAAGAAAAGAGGCCGAUAAUGUUUUUGGAAAACUAAUGCAUUUAAUGAAUCAUGUAAGUAAAGUAAGAAGUCGAAAUUACAGGAGCACUUUAGCAUGUUUGGCAAAUAACUUGCUAUUGGUUACUAUGUUCAUGGAAACAAUUAGCUUUGUUUCUACAUUAUUUUGUUUGGGAGAGCACAAAGAUGAAUCUAAUCUCGAAGAAUCGACGGAAUCCACCUGGACGUAAACGUAGAUCUUUGUUUUUAAAAAAUUUAUCAGAAA